AUGGGAAGACAUCAAACCGUUGCUGUGCAUCAGCGCCGGACAUGGCGUCUGACAAAAUGGCUCCCCCUUCUCUUAAAACUACGCUGCCCUCGUGCUCAGUCAGUUUCUGCUGCUGGCUUUGAAUGGAUUAUCUCCCAACGCGAUCGUAUGGAGGAAGGCGGAAACUCUAUUACCACGUCCAGGUUUCUGGCAAAUAUCAGUGUCUCGAUAGUACCAGACGAUCCAGAGUGCCCGCCUGGGCCUUAUAGAUGCUACGUGGAGGUCAGCGUCGAUAAUGUUCGCCAGCGAACUCGUGUGUCCGACCGUGGAAAGUACGCCUGGAAUGAGUCAUUUGAAUUUUCAGUGAGAGAGGACUGGCCUAUAUGCAUCCACUUAUUAGCAAAACGUGCUUUCUGCAAGGAUGUGCUCCUUGCGUCAUCUGGUGACUGGAUGCAGCUACCUACAUCAACACAAACAAAAGUCGUCUCACAUAUUUUGAGGCAUGUGCACGUACAAGGGCGGAAUGGUGCCCCUCGCAUAUACCAGGCUAGCGUGACAUUGAAGCUUCAGCUGAUAGACUCACUUCCUAUCGCCGACCAAUUACCCUUAAUUCAUCCCGAGGAGCCCUUUAUCGAGGAUGUUGGUGAGCUCAUUGCGGCACCAAAUCUCUCCAACGUAGAGCUCGGAUCAUUCUGCGGCAAGGGGCGACGACAUCUCAGCAUUUUUGACUGUCACUCGUUUUCAGACGGGUCGUCUUAUUUGGUCUCGCUUCAUACUUUUGAGGAUGGCAGCCUCUCUUCCAUCAACAGCACAAGCGCUAACCACGACGAAGUGUUAGUGUCCCCCAUCUCCGAUUUACCUCCAGGAGGUGAUUUUCCUCCGAGCCCGAGAGAGAUGGAUGACGCCGAACAAAAUUCGGUCCUAGAGGCGACUCUUGCAGAUCAUACUCCAAAUGAUAAUGUCAACGACGGGCAAUUGUCGGGAAAAGAUCAAAUGUUGCCUGCUGACACAGCAGACCCAGUGAUCUCCAUCGCACACGAUACUGUCAUGGUUGAACCCCAACCGAGACACAGAUCAUCUAUGAAGACAUCGAGCUUCCGCUCUGAUCGCAAUGCAUCAUCGAGGUGGACGCAAGAUCGCUAUGCACUUUGGAGACGAGUCCAAUCAUUAUUUAGCUGCCACAGACCCCAGAACUCUGAUGAGGAAAGCUGUUCAUGA